AUGGCUGACAUCGAAUCUCUAAGCCCAACCAAGGCUGUCUAUCAGUCUCAAGGGGAUCUACGGUCAUUGCAUACGAAGAUUAUAGGCGUCACCCAAGUCAGUGCCCUGACUGAGGUCAGCCGAAGCCUAUUCAAGCAGGCACUACCGGAUGACCCUGUUGUCGUAACAGAAGAGACCAUCUUCCACGUCCAAGGGGGUGGGCAGCCAAGCGACACGGGUCGCAUGGUCGUUCAAUCAGGCGGAAGUAACCAUCCCUCUUUUCUAGUGCAGUCCGUGCGGCGUUCUGGCAAUGGCACCAUCUUCCAUCAAGGUCAAUUAGAGCCUACCGAUCAGAACACCUCUCUACAAGCUGGACAGCUAGUCGAGCAGCUCAUUGACGGUGAAAAGCGGGACCUGCACUCUCGCAUCCACUCAGCCGGCCAUCUUCUCGGGUUAGCUGUUCGUCAACUCUCAUCUGAGAUCCCAAACGUCAAUGAGACGAAGGCACAACACUAUCCCGAUGCAGCUUUCGUCGAGUUCCAAGGCAAAAUUGAUCCGAAGCAUCGCGAUGCAAUUCAGAAGGUGCUUGAUGAUCUCGUGCAGCAGGACCUACCUAUCAAUGUAACUUGGUUAGAUCCUCAAGGCCUUAAGGAGAGGGGUAUUUUUCUACCGGAUGCUUUUCAUGAUCCAACACCUGGUGGGACGAGAGUUGUGGAGAUAGGUGAAUUAGGCGGGUAUCCAUGUGGUGGAACACAUGUACAUAGCACAGCGAAACUUGGGAGGGUGGUCGUGGGGAAGAUAUCUACUAAGAAGGGGAACACGAAGAUAGCGUAUACCGUUGGGUAG